AUGAGCAUCGCCGCCAGAUGCCGCCAUCCUUGUUUGCUGCAGUUUAUUGGGGCAACAAACGAUGAAGGAAGUCCUUUGUUUGUAACAGAGCUCAUGGAAUCUAGUUUACGAGCACUGUUGGAACAGCGGCCUCUCACUUCACUUGAAGUGUCUGUCAUUUCUUUAGAUGUUGCUCAAGCAUUAAAUUACCUUCACUUAAAGAAACCAUCCCCCAUCAUUCACCGCGACAUCAGCAGUGCCAAUGUGUUACUGUGGCGACAAGCCGACCAAUGGCGAGGCAAAGUGUCAGAUUAUGGCACGGCUAAUGUUUUGCAGCAGACCAUGACAGUUGGUCCUGGUGCUAUGAUAUACAGUGCACCUGAAGCGCAUACUAAAUACCAAACAGUCAAGGUAUGUCUGAAAUUUGAAAAUUGGAGUUAUAUUUCUCAAAUGUUUGAUUGUGAUUGCUAUGAAGUUUAUUCAUGAUAGGAUCGAAAAUUAAUCUGUGAAGCGCUGAGGACAAAAAACUCUCGUCUGAUAUCUUACUAUAGAUGAACCCUCAUCCUUGGUAAACUGGUCGGAUGCUUUAUGUAAUAUCAGUCUGUAGGGAACAUGCUGCAGGACAGAUCAUGAGAAACUCAACUUUAACCAGCUGACAGAAGUCGAACCUAUUUCUCUCUAUUUCUCCCUUCGCUGAGCUAAAAUGAGUGCGAUGCUUGCAUAGCGACGAGGCAACGUUCCUCUGACGUAAGCAGACUGCUAACACAAAAAAAAACAAAAAAAAAAAGAAAAGAGAGAGGAAGGAAAAGAUAAAUGAAAAUAUAGGAAUUUAAACUAGCUGGCAUGUUUAUGCAUUUUCAACUUUUCAUUGUUAUUUUCUUUUCGAGCUUAGGUUGAUGUGUACAGUUUUGGAGUUCUCUUUUGUGAGAUUUGCAUCCGGGAACUACCGGAUCCUGACAGGCGCGACGAGCAAGUUGCCAUGGUGACAAACCGUAUGCUUCGAGCUCUUAUUCGGGGAUGCCUGCAACAAGAUGCUGAUGAAAGACCAAGUAUGGAAGACAUCAUUGGUGAACUCGAACAACCAAUAUAA